ACUUGCCGCAACAAAAACCAGAAAAUAUAUCCACAUGUUCAUCAUCAUCAACACUGAGUGCUCAAUUAGGCUUGUUAUCUACUACAAAUAAGGCUACAGAUCUUUCUGAAAUAUAUUUGAAAUUUGGUGACACCGUACCAAAACAUUGAUCAACAUUAACUGCACUUAAUAGGAUCUUAGGAUAGGACAUAAUAGGAUAGGAUAGGACUUAGCAUAAUAGGAAUGGAUUCACCCAAUCGCAAUAAAAUUAUAAACGUGAAGAAAAGGCCUUAUCCACGACAUUUUGGAGAAUGCCAUGCUUCUGACAUGGAUACUCCAAAAAGAGCAAGAAAAAAUUGGAGUAUUUGUAAGAAAAAAAUAAAAAUGCAAACAAUAAAGAUCCGAAAUCUGCAGCAGGCAAAGAGUCGUCUAAAAGCCAGAAUUUGUAGCCUUAAUUCCCUUCUGAAAUUUUUGAAAAAGAAAUAUGACUUAACAGAAACUGCUCAAUGUAUCAUUCAUGAAUCAGCACCUGGAAUAUUAGGUGAAAUCUGUCAAAGAUCAAGAAAAUGAUCUCCUAAAAAGUAUUCACCUAAGCUUAGGUCGUUUGCCUUAACGUUAAGCUUUUAUUCAACAGAUGCUUAUAAUUAUGCAAGAAGAAGUUUUAACAUGGCUUUGCUACAUACAAAAACAAUUUCUAAGUGGUACAGAUCUAUAGAUGAAACACCUGGAUUUACAAAUGAAGCAUUGGCUGCUAUUAAAAUGAAAGUAAGAGAAACAAACAGUGAAAUUUUAGACAAUUUGGUAUUUGACGAAACGUCUACAGUGCAAAGUGUUGAGUGGAAUAGGAAACGAUUUACUGGAUAUGUUGAUGUCGGCACUGAAGUAUUUGGAGAUAAUAUUCCAAAAGCUUGUUUUUAUGGUUGCAGCUAUAAAUAGUCAUUAGAAAAUACCUGUUGGGUACUUCUUGACAAACGGUUUAAGUGGUGGAGAAAAAGCUAAUUUGUUAAAAAAAAUGUUUAGAAUUUUUAAGUGAAUUAGGUAUCAAAAUAGUUUCUGUUACUUUUGACGGUGCUCCUUCAAAUAUCAAAUUACAGCUUUACCAUAAAUGUUAAUGUUA